AUGGCCUUCAACUUCAACUGGUCGCCUUUGGCGGCCGACGCCUCGUUUUACGCUCGCGCCACCGACCUCUUGACGGCCGCGCUUAAUAAGUCGCCAAAGCCCCCAAUAAUAGUCGACGACAUCAUCGUCACAGAGCUCAACCUAGGCUCUGUGCCUCCGGACCUUGAGAUCCUCGAGAUUGGCGACCUUGCCGAGGACAGAUUCCGUGGCAUCUUCAAAAUGUGCUAUACUGGCGAUGCGCGAAUCACGCUCCGCACACGAGUUCAGGCAAACCCGUUGAACACGUAUCUAUCUGCCAAGCCGAGCUUCACCUCGCCGCAGCCCCUGGCAGCUGCUGAUGGUCUGACGAUACCUCUGUCCAUUACUUUAUCCGAGAUCAAGCUCUCUGCCUUCAUUAUCCUCGUCUUUUCGAAGCAGAAGGGUUUGACCAUUGUCUUUCGCAAUGAUCCUCUGGAGUCCCUCAAGGUCUCUUCGACCUUUGACUCGAUUCAGUUUGUGCGAGACUAUCUCCAGAAGACUAUCGAGACCCAACUGCGCAACCUUAUGAUGGACGAGUUGCCUGCCAUCAUCCAUCGUCUGUCGUUGCAAUUAUGGUGUCCAGAUCAGAUGCCUCGUACGGAAGAGCAGUCCCUCAAGGACGGAUCUGAGGAGGAUGCUGAGGUUGAUGCUCUCGCCAAGCUACCACAGACACCUGUCAAUUCGACCGGUCAAGUCCUCGAUGCAAACCAGAUUGCGUCAUUGGCAUCCGACGGUGGUUCUGAGUUGCACUCGUUGUUCGAACAGAGAAACUUGCUGCGACUUGCAGCUCUUAGCGAAUCACAUCGCACUCUGUCUCUCUUUACACCGGGUAUCAGAAACACCAUGUUCAGGGCUUGGAUUGGGGCUACUGAGCGUCAGUCAACUGGCACCUCGACUCCGCUGGCUACGCCAAGCUUGGUGCGCAUGCAGUCGUUGGCUGGGUCGUCCACAACGUACACUUUUACGGACACGAGUAGUGUUGGCGACGGAAACCUGCCCUCAAGACCAUCGCUGGUUAGUUUGCACUCCGCAACGGCUGGUCUUUCGUUGGGCGGAGCUCGCAAUCUGCGGACUAGGAAGAAGAAGACGCGGGUUGUCAACCUCCGGAAACAGCCGGCUAGCGAGACGACGAGCGAGGCGGGUGAUAUGGCGACCAAUUCGGACUCGGCGUCAGUCGCGGGCCCGAGUUCCGAACCACUCAUGCCCGCUUCGAUUCCCGAAGAGGACGAAGAUGUCGUGCAAACACAAUCCCAGACGCAGCAGCGAGCCAGAAGCAAGGUUCGCUUCCAUUCGGAGAAGGAGCUUCCUCGUCGUCCACCGCUCAACAUGGACAUCUACCAGGAGCCUGCUGUAAGCCCAACGGCCUCGGUACAGGCCACCUCGAAAGCAUCAGAGGCAGUGAUGGCGCGCCAAGCCAAGGCGUGGGAAGCUGCUGCCAAUGCCAAAAUGGUUUCGGGUCGGCACAAGCCGGCGGGCUCCGAGUCAUCCGUCAUUCUUGAACAAGCAUGGAUCAUGAAAAUGGCGGGCGAGAUUGCACGUCGAGUCUACGACGAGAAGCAGCGCCAUGGGGGUGAUCCAUGGGCCGACCGCGAGGAUGCGCCCCCUCCUGCCUAUGAGGCCACACAAUGA